AUGCAAUCCACUAAUGAUGUCAGCUUAAUGACCUCCCUCGGUCUCAAGAGCAACGUCACAACAGCCUCAGCAGACAAGACUUUCUACUAUCACCGCGGCUUGGAAACUUACAAUAGCUCCACGCCAAUCUUGGUUCUCGUUCACGGAUAUCCACAAACGUGGAGACUUCUUAUCCCCCUCCUCCCAUCCACAAUCCCCCUCUUCAUCCCCGACUUGCCGGGCUACGGCCGCUCCUCGCCCCUCCCCGGCCCCCACGACAAGCGAAGUACAGGCACCUCCCUCCUCACCACCCUUUCCUCUCUGCUCCCGCCUUCCUCCUCUCCAAUCCCAAUUAUCCUGACCGGCCACGACCGCGGCGCGCGAAUCUGCCACCGUCUCGCCGUCGACGCUUCUUCUCUCCCCUCCAACCUCAACUUCGCCAUCCGCGGCACGGUUCUCUUAGAUAUCGUACCAACACUCAUCCAAUGGCAAUCAUGCAUCAACCCCCUUGUAAACAUGGGGUCGUUCCAUUGGUCAUUCUUAGCAAAUGUCGAAGUUGCUACGGCGAUGAUUAAAGCUCAGGGCGGCGAUGUCUGGGUAAGGAUGUGUCUCGAUCGCUGGCUCGGUCGCUCCCCUUCUGGACUUGCAAGAUUUAAGGAGAACGAUGCAGUGGAGGUUUAUGCGGAGUCUUUUAAGCGGGAAAGUGUGAUCAGGGCUAGUUGUGAUGAUUACCGUGCUGGUGCUAUGGAGGAUUCGAGUUUGCAAGAAGAAGACCAGAAAGCGGGGAGGAAAGUGGAUAUUGACGUUUUGUGUGUGUUUUCGAAGGGCUAUCUGGGGGGUAGGUAUGAUGUUAAGCGAGUGUGGAGCGAGUGGAUGGGUAAAGGAAUGCUGGAGGUGCACGGGAUUGAAGGGGGUGUGGGGCAUUUUGUUGCGGAGGAGGACCCGGAGGAGACUGCUAAGGCUGUGAGCGAGUUCUAUGAGAGGCAUGUUUGA